AUGGAUGUUAACCGCGACGUGCUCUUGGAAAUUUUUGAGUGGCUCGCCGCAAUCGUGGGUGAUCGCCAGGCCAUCCUAACCGAAACGCACGUCUGUCACGGUUGGCGUUGCAUCGUUCUUGGGGAGGCAGCUCUGUGGCGCUCUACAGACGGCGAGCUGGACUCUUGCUUCCCGGUCGGCACGGCCCGCGACAAGGCUCACCCUUGCCGAUUGCGUACCAAGCUGUGCGAUAUCCACAACGGCAACGCCAUUAUACCCGAAUGGGUUCGCUCGUCUGAAAUCUUCACGGUGCCAGGCAAUGGGUUACCAUGGUACACAGCGCUCACGCAGUCCAGCCGGCCUUGGACUGCUCUUUUAGAGCUACACUUCGAAGAGUUCAUGAAGCAGAAGAACGAGGCCGGCCAGCCGAUCGUCUACACGCUCAGCGCCCACACCUUCCCGAACUUGACGCACCUUUCCUGGAAGGGGUCGUUGCCGCAUGGUCUACCUUGUCUGUCAAGCGUGCAAGUCACUUUUGGCUACGUUGACGACUUCCGUGAGGCCAUGCGCAGGUUGCCGCCCACGCUCAGAAUGCUCGACGUCGAUCUCGAGUUCGACGCGGAGAACGGCACGUAUUCGUUGCAAGAGCUGCUGCAACCUCUCUCCGGUAGCGGUUUGGUCGAACUCCACGUCGGGACUUGCGCUCUAAAGUCACCUCGCAACCUGGAAGGAGCGCCACCCGUCGUCUUGAACGAGCUCCAGAAACUCAAGAUGGAUAACGCCUUCAUUCUCCACGCCGAAUCCCUCCGAACCGCCAAACUUCGCGUUGCGGACGUCCGCACUCUGACCCGUGCGAUACCAAAGAGCGCGCUCCUGGAAAGUCUGGACGUCAUGUUCACUACAGUGGUCAGCGACGUGCCCGUACCCGAAGAUGGAUACACCGUGAAUCGCGGCAACAACCCAUUCCCGCGUCUCUUGGCGCUCAAGUGCCAGUCUGGCUUCGAUGGGAAUCUCUCCCAGCUCUCUCAGAUCAUAGCUGUCUCACAGCUCAUCAGCACGACGCUCACCUUCCCCCUCACACACGUGGAGUUUGACGCCACGAGCCCCAUGAACUGGGCGGACUAUGAGGAGCGCGGGAUUCUCUCGCCUUGGGGACCUUGCCUCUACCGACCAGCGCUGAUUCCGGCGAACAACAAGACCUGGACCUCCUUCCUUGACCAUGAUGCGAUGUCCGAGCGGGAUACCCUGGUCAUAACCGCGCGCGAAGGCCCUGGUAGCGAAGAUCCCAAGAUCAUCUUCUCUGUCGUCGGCCGACAUGAGCUUCAGAGCGACGGGUACGCCGGAGCCGAGCUUGCAUGCGGUAUGCACCUUCACGUGGGGAAAGUCAAAUCCGACAUUGCGCCCAAGGUCCGUGACAUCGUGUCGCCACUCAGUGCGGUGCACGCGAUGUCUCUCGUCGCAGACAGCAAGAUAAGGAACGUUCACCUCCGCUGCCUCAAGAGCUUGAAGAAGAAGAAGUUGAAGACUUCGACGCUGCCCGAUUUGCCACUCGACCCCACAGCUCUCGGCCGCGAAGAGCGCGACGUCGCGCAGCUAUGCAGCGAUCUGCGGCGCAUGCUCAACGUCGAAUACUUCAUGGCCGACAUCGAUAACCUUGGCGACAGCGAGCAUGAGGAGAUUGGGUUCCUCAAGGCGCUUCUGAAGAGCAACACCGAGGAGCGCGACACCGGCGUCGACGUGACAAUGCCGAAGCUCGCUUGCAUCGCUGUGCGAGUCACCGCAUCACACCUCUCCGGCCAGUUCUGGAACGAUCUUCUGUCACUGGCCCGUGUGCGUAGCGAUCUGGCUGGCGCGGGCAGAUGCAAAGGGAUGCGCAUUACGAUCUCCUCGCAUUGGGUUUCGAAGGUUGGAAAUGUGACAUUCGGGAAUGACCGCUACUUAGCUGAUCUGGGCUCUGCCGCGAACGUUGUCAUUGAGCACAUCUAG